AUGAAAUUUCCUGCAGUGAUCAUUUGUUUACUUGCUGUUGCAUGUGUACGAAACACUAUGUCGCAUGUGAGCAGGCAGAUCAGACAGGUACCAACGACACUACCGGCACCAGCGGUACCGAGCACAAAUUAUAACAAUACACAAACUCCCUACCCCUAUCCUACCUAUCCGGUCUAUCUGAGCAAUGUGAAUCAGAUCGGGCAAUCUACCGCUCCGGUAACGAAUGUGCCUCAGACUAUUACUACUAUAUCACCAUCUACCAACAGUACCAGCUUGUUGGAUACUUCCACCAGUAAAUCUUUCCUUCAGCAUGCCAGGACUUAUGGCAUCUAUGCGUUGCAAGUGUUGAUGGUAGUUCUUCUCGGUACAUCCUUAUUAAACUACAUUUGUUUGCAAUGGCCUAUCUGCGACAAAGUCUUUGGAGAAAACAACUUUUGGAAAAAUAACAAGACAAGACGUUUGAACCGUGCGUACGUGACGUCGAAUUACUUGGAUGAUAUCAGCUCGGCAGUCUUCAAAGCGAUGGACUAUUAUAAUAAACAACAAGAUUAG